AAGUGGUGAGCCUGGGCUCAGCCAAUCCUUGGACAGUCCCGCUGGAUCUGUUUGCUGCUUGGUGUAGUUCAGAGCAGUGAGCAGGAAAGUAGGACCAUGUGGCUGCCCCCAGCUCUGCUCCUUCUCAGCCUCACAGGCUGUUUCUCCCUCCAAGGCCCGGAGUCUGUGAGGGGCUCAGCAGGAGGGUCUGUGACCGUGCAGUGUCACUAUAGCCCAAGAUGGAAGACCCACAAUAAGUGGUGGUGUAGAGGAGCAAGCUGGUAUGUAUGUGAGAUCCUUGUUAAAACCAGAGGGUCAGAGAAAGAAGAGAAGAAUGGCCGGGUAUCCAUCAGGGACAAUCAGAGGGCCCAGGCAUUCCAGGUGACCAUGGAGGGGCUCAGGCAAGAUGACUCGGACACUUACUGGUGUGGGAUUCAGAGAAGUGGAACUGACCAAGGGAUACCAGUUAAAGUGGCCAUUGACCCAGUGGGAACAAUCACCACGUCCUCCAAACCACUUACUGAAUCUAGUGACGAGAGCAACAUGGGGGUGUCCUCUGGGUCCUACAAAAGGACACACUACAUACUCCUGGUGUUUGUGAAGCUGCCCAUCUUGCUCAUCUUGGUCGGUGCUGUCCUCUGGUUGAAGGGAUCACAGAGGGUCCCCAAGGAGCAGUGCAGACACCCUAUCUGUAGGAAUUUGAACUCUGAACUUCUGACCAAAGAUAUGACUCCUUAGAGAGGUGGAUGUGCAGAGAUUUCCCACUUUAGACACUGUUCCAGCAGAGACAAGGACCCUGGAAGAAAUACCCCCAUGCCCAGAGGGCACAGUGACCGGCUGCAUGUGGGGAGCUGACUAGAAAUCCUCCCUACUCUGCACAGCUCAGAGGCAUCGUCAGCACCUGCAGCACCAGCGGCCUGCUCCUACUUCUUCAGGUGGCAGCCACCCCAUGCCACCAGGGGCACCCCAUGCCGCUCAUGGCCAGGGGCCACUGGGACAGAGCCCAGCCUUGUAUGGCCACAUCCUCUGAUGGGAAAACUCAAGCAGAGCGUGAGAUGGAAGCACAGACGAGAGGCAGAAGGACCAGCUCACCACCCUCCCUGCCUGAGUGCCUGAAAUAGGAUUUUAAAAACUCAUUUUUUCCUUAAGUUGGUCUGCUUGGGUUUUGAUGGCUCAUGUCCACGAGCCUCUGAUUGAGGCACGGUCCUUCUCCAGGGGCCAGUUCUGUGGCGAGUUCCUGGUUCUGGGGCAUGAGUUUGGGUGUCCCCCACUCCAAGGAGGACAGGGCCCUGAGUCUACAUUGCUGGAGCAAUGGCUUCCUCCUCCUCCUCCUCCUCUUCCGCCUCCUCUUCCUCUUCCUCCUUCUCCUCUUCCCCAGCCUCCCACACGCCUCUUCUUUCCCCUCUUCCUCCUCCUCCUUGGAGUUGACCUGAACCCCUCCCCUCAGCACAGCUGCUGGUGCUCCUCCUCAAAGACCCCACUGAGCCUUGGAAGUCCGCUCAAGUUGGGGGUGUAAGCAAUGAAAAUUACCCCAGGGGAAUGAUGCUGUCUCUUUUAAAUAAUGUUUUUUAAAUAAUUCAGUAAUUUUAAAAGUCUCAGAGAAGCAACAUCUGUAAUGCCUCACCCAUAGCAACAACACUCCUGAAUAUGCCACUUUGUGCCACGAGGGUCAGAGGGUUCACUGCAAAGGGAGCUUCUCUUCGUGUGAGAAGAAACAGGCCCACUGAAGUGUGUCCCUGACACCUGAGCACAAGCCCCCAUCUGCAUGCACAGGUUUGGCAAGUUCCACCUGCCCACCCUGCCCUUUGUCAUGACGAUGGGCAGCAAGGGGCUGGUGCCACAGUAGGGGACCAAGGAGAGGCCUCUCCUGUCCCUGGGUUGGGAUCUGGAGCCUGCUCUCCCCAUGAGACUGUGAUCCCCUCUUCUCCUUCAGCCAAUUUUCUCUGCUUUUGAGUUUGCUGCAGGGCUCUGGCCCGUGAUAAGCCCAGAAGGAGAGACAGGAAGCCUGGACAAGGCACUGAGUCAUUCUGUUGGGGACGAGGGCCCACCGUCCACUGUCUGCAGAGGCCUCCCUUAUGACCAGUCCCUUGGGUCCAGCUGCCUGGAGACCCAGCAGUGCAGGGAUGACAGGGCAGCUCUGGGGCGUGCUGCCACUCAGGAGGUUGAGGGGUCGGGCCAUUUCCGACUGAGUAACCAGGGAAUCCCUGUUCUCUUUGGAAGCAGUGAGCUGGGUUCUACACCUAAUAUAGGCAGCUAAGUCAGAUAGAAAUUAAUAUUCAGUCAGAGAAGGAUUGGAUGGACCUUCAGGGAAGUCAGCACAAAAAAACAGAAACAUCAGAAUUGUGGCUGGGGGCAAAUCUGAAGAGAGCCUCAGGAUGGAGAUGCAAUAGCCAGGCCUGCAAGAUAAACAGCAACCUGAGACUGUAUUGUAAUUAGCACCACCUGGUCCCAUGGGCUCAGCCAGGCAUCAGGCCCAUAGGUGGGUGACCAGAAUGUCUGGACCCAUACUUCUCUCCCUUCCCAAAAUGCCUUUGUUCUUUCCAUGUACCCUUGCUACCUGACUCGUUUCCCUGUUGGAUCAAUAUUAGCUAAGUGGGUGUAUAGUACUUGUAAUCCUAUAGGUUGAUUGUAAUCUGACUCACGGUGUACCCACAUUGUGAUUUUGCUGUAUAAAUAGCCUCUGACACAGGGCCUUGGGGGCCACCCAAUCGAGUCACCUCCUGUCUCUCAGGAGUUUUCUCUUAAUAAAU